AUGUCGACGCAAGUGAAUUCAACAAUUCCUGCUGGUGGAGACAGAGUCUUCAUCAAUGCAGGAACACCAGUUGAUAAUUAUACAUUGAACGAGAUAUUUAAAGAUUUGCAAUCGAAAGAUGAAAUAGGGAGAGAAAAAGCUGCCGAGAACUUGAAGGAGCAUCUAGUCACAAUUUCGAGGGAUAUAUCAUCAACGGACCAGCUUUCUGUUUACAACAAUUUCAUAAACAAGAGGAUCUUCAAUCUCAUAAAUAGUUCUGAUACAAAUGCUCAGCUUGGUGGCACACAGGCAAUAAAUGCAAUGGUGGAUCUUAUUACAAAUGCCACCGGAAAUCCGGCGCUACCACAGUUAGCCCUAAGUACAACUGCCGAGCAGAAUUCAAAUAUGAUCACUAGAUAUGCCAGUUACUUGAGAAGGCUCUUAUCAUCGAAAAACAUGACUGUUAUGAAAGCAGCAAUAUCAACAUUGGGUAACCUGGCCAUUCCUGGAAGUUCCCUUACUGGUGAUUUUGUCGAAUUCGAGACUAAAAAAUCUUUAGAGUGGUUUGUGUCCGAAAAGGUUGAAGGUAAACGACAUGCUGCCGUUCUUAUACUUAGUUCGUUGGCUUUCAAUGCUCCUACACUGUUAUACCCCUACAUCAGAGAUGUGCUUGGCAAUAUUUGGAUUGGCCUAAGAGAUCCAUUAGCAGCAAUGAGAGAGGAUACUGCAUUAUGCCUUCGUAAUUGUCUUACUAUAGUUUACGAGAGAGACGCCGAACUUAGAAAUUACUGGUUUACCAAACUAUAUGGAGAGGCAUUAAGUGUUUUUAAGAGUAUUUCUGCUUCUACGAACAACAAUUUAAAUGGUUCAGCUGAUGCUUUUUCCAUGGCACCUCGAUUAUCUUUAAAUGCUUCGAGUAGUCCUCCUGAAUUUAUUCAUGGUUCUCUUUUAUGCUACAGGGAAUUGAUACUUCAGGGAACAUCAGUGCUUUCUUCAAAGAUAGAUGAGAUAUAUGAGACAGUAAUGAGUGUUAAAGAUAAUCGUUCUCUUAAUGUUCGAAAGGAAUUCGCAAAUAUUAUGCCUAAAUUGGCCCACUAUGAUAGGAUACGGUUUGUUGACAAGUAUAUGCAUCGGGUGCUGUUGUAUUACAUAUCGCAGUUGAAAGUUGGCAAGGAUAGAUCCUUUAUAUUGGUGAGUAUUGGUGAUAUUGCCAUUGAGGCCAAAAACAAUAUUGUCAAUUACCUAGAUGGUAUCGUGCUUGAAAGCGUGCGGGACGGACUUUCAACAAAGACGUCAAAAUCCAAACACCAAAUAACGACAGCAUGUUUUUAUUGUAUUGCGAAGCUUGCUAUUGCAUUAGGCCCACCGUUGACUAAGUUUGUCAAUGGUUAUCAUCUUUUGACUCUAAUAUUAAACUCACCCUUAAGUGACAGCAUGCUGAGCGUGCUAAAGAUAUUUAUAGAGUAUCUUCCUUCCUUGGAACCAAUCAUCAAUGCCAAACUCAUAAGCAAGAUCAGCUUUACCCUAUGUGGAUAUAACUUUGAGCAUCCCGGUUGUCCUGGAUUUAAACCAUUGAUGGAUCCUCGGAAAGCAUACAAUUAUCGCAGACAUAUGAUCUCUAAGGAGGGUGGCUCAUUGCUAAGGACCAAUUCAUUGGAUAAAUCUUUAGCAGAGCUUGCAUCAUUACCAAAAACCGGAAUUUAUGAUGAUUCGGACAUUGUGGUAAUUCUUCAAGCGCUUAAAGCUUUAAGGUUCUUCAACUUUAAAAGUUACAACCUGACCGAUUUUGUGCGCCAUGUGGUUACAUAUUAUAUUAGUCAUGAUAAUCCUGAGAUUCGCUUGAAGUCUUCGUUAACUUCCUCUGAAAUAUACAUGCGCAGCAAUAUCUGCCUUGAAAGUUCUUCAAUCUCUUUAGCGGCAGUCCAUGAUGUCUUGAGUAGGCUUUUGACAAUUUGCAUCACAGACCCUGUUGCAGAUGUUCGUCUUUCUGUUCUUCAAAGUUUAGGGGGUAAGUUUGAUCCACAAUUGUCACAAGAGCAAAGCGUGCGUUUACUUUUCAUGGCAAUGAACGAUGAGAAAUUUGAGAUUCGGAAGGCAGCAUUCAAACUUGUGAGUAGGUUAACAUUUGUCAACCCUGCGUAUGUUGUUCCUCCGUUAAGAAAAACGCUAAUUCAACUUUUGACGACACUCAACUAUUCUGGUCAAAGCAUAAAAAGAAAGGAGGAGACCGCAAUUCUUAUAUCUAUUUUGGUCUCUAGUACUGGCGAACUCACCAAGCCAUAUUUGAAUCAAAUUAUGGAAGCCUUGAUACCUAGGGCGAAGGAUACAAGUUCAUCUGUCGCAUCGGCAUCAAUCGCUGCUAUUGGUGAAAUGUCGAAGGUUGGUGGAACGGAAAUGAUACAAUUCACGCAAAAGCUUAUACCUAUAUUGCUGGACACUUUUCGAGACCAGAGUUUGGGAUACAAGAGAGAUGUGGCAUUGAAGACAUUGGGCCAGUUUGCUGGUGCUUCCGGUUAUGUCAUCAAACCCUUGAUAGAUUAUCCACAACUUCUUGGCUUACUUGUGAAUAUUCUCAAAUCUGAUUCCUCAAUUUCUACACGGAGGGAAACCGUCAAAUUGAUAGGAAUCUUAGGUGCAUUAGAUCCUUAUAAAUAUAGAGAAGUUGAAAGAGAUGGGCAGGAUUCUCAAACGUUAGCAGAGCAGAAUGCUCCAUCCAUUGAUAUGGAACUUCUCAUGAAAGGUAAAUCACCAUCAAAUGAAGAUUAUUACCCUACCGUUGUGAUUACUACACUUUUGAAUAUUUUGAACGAUCCCUCAUUGAGUAAUCAUCACCCAGCAGUGACCCAAGCCAUUAUGUGGGUCUUCAAGAUAUUGGGAAUAAAGUGUGUUUCAUAUCUGGAUAAGGUUAUCCCCGGAUAUGUAUCAGUCAUGCAUUCUUGCUCGCAUUCUCUGUUGCUAACUUACUUCAAAGAACUCAAUGAGUUGGUUAGAAUAGUGAAAUUAAACAUCAGACCAUACUUGAAACAAAUAUUCGGCCUCGUGAAGGAGUUUUUCAUUUAUCCGGACCUUCAAAUAAUCAUAUUGGAUCUCAUUGAACAAUUAUCCAAAGCUCUAGAUGAAGAAUUUAAAAACUAUGUGCUUGAUGUAGUGACGAUGCUUAUAGACUUACUUUCAAGCAAUCAUUCUUCCAAUGUUGAAUCAGAAUUGAAGGUUCUCAAAGCAUUCUUGGUUUUUGGAGACAACAUAGAGCCAUAUGCACACCUUAUCAUACCUCAACUAGUUAGACUAUUUCAGGCCACACCUUCUAAUUUAAGCCUCGCUGCAAUAGAGACAGUUGGUAAAUUAUCAAAAGUUAUCAACCUAACCGACUUUGCCUCUGAAAUUAUUCAGCCUUUACUUAGAUUAAUUGCGAAUGCAGGUAGCAAUUCCAUUAAAGAUGCCUCCGUGAAGACUAUUUGUUGCAUGAUGAUUCAAAUGGGACAGGAUUUUAAUGUUUUUAUUCCAGUUGUCAGUUCCGUUCUCGUUGCAAAUGGAUUGCAGUAUCACCUAUUUGAUCAGCUAUCCCAGAAAUUACUAAAAGGUGAACCGUUGCCUGUUGGCCUUGCGAUCUACCCAGAGGAAAAAUCUAGCAAGGAAAAGAAUUCCGAGCCACAAGUAUCGCCUGCAAAGCUUCCUGUGAAUCCACAGGCCUUGCGUAAUGCUUGGGAAUGCAGUACUAAACGUACGAAGGAAGAUUGGCAAGAGUGGAUGCGAAAGUUGAGUAUUGAGAUGCUAAAGGAAUCAUCAUCUCCUUCGUUGAGAGCUUGUUCUUCAUUGGCGAUCGUGUAUCCCCCGUUGGCAAAAGCACUUUUUAACUGUGCAUUCACUAGUUGUUGGAAUGAACUUCAUAUACAAUAUCAAGGUGAAUUGGCUCAAGCUUUAUGUAUUGCAUUAUCAUCACCCAACAGCUCACCUGAAAUUCACCAGACUUUGUUGAAUUUAACAGAGUACUUAGAGCAUGAUGAAAAGUCCUUACCAAUUAGAAUUCAAACCUUGAGUCAGUAUGCACAAAGAAGUCACGCUUAUGCUAAGGCACUUCAUUAUAAAGAGCUUGAAUUUAUUCAAGAGCCAUCAACGCCGACAAUCGAGUCGUUGAUCAGUAUUAAUAACCAGCUUCAGCAAACUGACGCUGCAGUGGGAAUUUUGAAGUAUGCCCAGGAACAUCAUGGUCUGCAGUUGAAAGAAACGUGCUUUGAGAAGUUACAAAGAUGGGAUGAAGCUCUUGCUGCAUAUAACCGCAGAGAAAAGGAAGAACCGGAUUCUUCUGAAAUUUUGAUGGGUAAAAUGAGAUGCUUCCAUGCUCUUGGAGAAUGGGAUGACUUGAGUCACUUAGCUGAAAAGAAGUGGGGACCUUCAUCCAAUGAUAUGAAAAGAGCGAUUGCUCCGUUGGCUGCUGCUGCUUCUUGGGGUCUUGGCCAGUGGGAAAAGAUGGGAAUGUAUAUUGGAGCUAUGAAGUCGGAAUCACCAGAUAAGGCCUUUUUCAAUGCUGUUUUAUCUCUUCAUAACAACAAUUUUGAGGAGGCUGCCAAGCAGAUUUCGAAGGCCAGGGACUUGCUUGUUACUGAAAUUACGGCUCUUGUUAGCGAGUCUUAUAAUAGAGCUUACGGUGUGGUUGUUAGAGUUCAGAUGUUGGCUGAGUUGGAGGAAAUCAUUACAUAUAAGCGUCUUCCUCCUGAUUCCGAUGAAAGAGCACACAUCCGAGAAACAUGGAAUACCAGAUUGUUUGGUUGUCAAAAGAAUGUCGACAUUUGGCAGAGAAUGUUAAAGGUGAGAGCGUUAGUUGUUAAGCCGAAAAAGGAUAUGGAUGUUUGGAUUAAAUUUGCUAAUCUUUGCAGAAAGAGUGGACGUCUUGGUUUAUCAGAAAAAACGUUGAAUUUACUUUUAGAUGAUGAAUUACCUGGUCAACAAGCUUCUAAAGCUCCGCCACAAGUCGUUUAUGCACAAUUAAAGUAUAUUUGGGCUAGGGGCCAGAAGAGAGAUGCUUUAAAUCACCUUAUUGAUUUUACCUCUAAGCUAUCUAGGGAUUUGGGUGUUAACGAGAAUGAGGCUAUCAAUCAGCCCCUUCCUACAGCAGCUCCCGGUGCUACCGAAAGUAUAGUUAAGUAUACAAAGUUGCUAGCUAGGUGUUACCUAAAGCAGGGUGAAUGGAAGACUUCAAUAAACUCAAGUUGGAGAGAGAACGAGGCUUCUGGAAUACUUGGUUCAUUUUUAUUGGCCACUCACUUUGAUUCUAAAUGGUACAAAGCUUGGCAUAAUUGGGCUUUGACGAACUUCGAAGUUAUUCCUGCUGAUUCUAAGAGAUUAAAUAACUAUGAUGAGAAUACCCAGCAGCAGCAUAAAUCUGACGUCAACUUGGAUAUUGUUGUUCAUUAUGUCGUUCCGGCAGUGAAGGGAUUUUUCCAUUCUAUUGCUUUAUCUUCUUCGAGUCCGUUACAGGAUACCUUGAGACUCUUAACUUUGUGGCUCAACUUUGGUGGUAUUAAGGAAGUUGCUGAAGCGAUGGAAGAUGGAUUCGAAAUGGUAAAAAUUGACACAUGGUUAGAUGUUGUUCCUCAGUUGAUUUCCAGAAUAAAUCAACCUGAUCCUGUUGUGAGCAAAUCUUUGUUAAGUCUCCUAGCAAAAUUGGGAAGAGCACAUCCACAGGCUUUGAUAUUUCCGCUAACUGUGGCCAUCAAAUCUGAAAGUUUGUCAAGACAGCGGGCUGCUUUAAGUACUAUCGAAAGAAUGAGGCAACAUUCUCCUAAACUCGUUGAUCAGGCAGAUUUGGUGAGUAACGAGUUGAUUCGUGUUUCUGUUCUCUGGCAUGAAAUGUGGUAUGAAGGGUUAGAUGAUGCUUCGAGAGCUUACUUCGGGGAGCAUAAUGUUGAGAAAAUGCUCACCAUUUUGGAACCCUUGCAUCACACAUUGGAAAAGGGUCCAGAGACCAUUAGAGAGGCUUCGUUUGUCAACUCUUUUGGGAAAGAUUUGGGAGAGGCCUGGCAAUGGCUUGAAAACUUUAAGAAAACUCGUGAUGUUGCCUAUUUGAAUCAAGCCUGGGACUUGUAUUACGCAGUUUUCAGGAAGAUUUCUAGGCAGUUACCACAGCUUCAAAGUAUGAACUUACAACACGUUUCUCCUAAAUUGUUGGCCGCUCGUGAUCUUGAACUAGCAGUUCCUGGAACAUAUGUUGCAGGCAAACCGGUUAUUUGUAUCUCUAAAUUUGAGCCUAUUCUUUCAGUGAUUACUUCUAAGCAGAGACCAAGAAGAUUUUCGAUUAUCGGAAGUAAUGGAAAGAAAUGGCAAUACUUGUUGAAAGGUCACGAGGAUAUUCGUCAGGAUAGUUUAGUUAUGCAACUAUUUGGGCUUGUUAAUACUUUAUUGGUUAAUGAUCCUGAAUGUUUCAAGAGGCAUCUUGAUAUUCAACGAUUUUCAGCUAUUCCUCUUUCUCCUUAUGCAGGUUUGUUGGGUUGGGUUCCAAACGCCGACACUCUCCAUGUUUUGAUAAAAGAGUAUAGAGAGCCAAGAAAGAUCUACCUUGAUGUUGAACACAGAAUUAUGUUACAGAUGUCGCCUGACUACGAUACUUUGAUGCUACUAGAAAAAGUUGAGGUGUUUACUUAUGCCCUUGAUAUAACACGUGGUCAAGAUUUGUACAAGGUUUUAUGGUUUAAGUCUAAAUCAUCGGAAGCAUGGCUUGACAGGCGUACGACUUAUACCAGAUCGUUAGCUGUGAUGUCUAUGGUUGGAUACAUCUUAGGUUUGGGCGAUAGGCAUCCAUCUAAUUUAAUGAUGGACAGAAUUACAGGAAAGAUUGUUCAUAUUGAUUUUGGUGACUGCUUUGAAUCCGCAAUUCUAAGAGAGAAAUAUCCAGAGAAGGUUCCGUUCCGUUUAACCAGAAUGUUGAGUUAUGCUAUGGAGGUUAGUGGAAUUGAGGGUUCGUUUAGAAUCACAAGUGAAAAUGUUAUGCGGGUGCUUCGUGAUAACAAGGAAUCUCUUCUUGCAAUAUUGGAGGCAUUUGCUUAUGAUCCGUUGAUUAACUGGGGUUUUGACUUUCCUAUUCGCCAGAUUAUUGAAAAUUCUGGCCAUCACUUGCCAAACGCUAAUUACAACGAGCUUUUAAGAAGUGGCCAAAUUUCAGAGGAGAAGGCUAAGCAGAUGUCUGCACAGUAUGAAAAUGAAGUCAGAAAUGCCAGAGCAGCAUUUGUGCUAAACAGAAUUAAUGACAAGCUCAUUGGUAAUGACUUUAAGAGAUUCAAAGACCUGGAUGUUAAAACCCAAGUUGAUAAGCUCAUACAACAGGCUACUUCGGUUGAGAAUCUAUGUCAGCACUACAUUGGAUGGUGUUCUUUCUGGUAA